AUGGUAGGUGAGACGCAAGAUACUGCGUGUUUGGAACUUGAAUCUCUACAACUGGACAUCAAAACACUCCGGCAAGAAAGAGAGGAAGAUAGAAAGGAAUUCUAUCAUUUCACAGAUUCGGUGAACAAGAAUUUUGCCAGCAUACAGAAGAACUUCAAGAAAAUUCAGACCACCUUGCUGAAGUUAACUGCAGAACAAUCAGUGGAGGAGGACGAGGAAGAAGAAGAAAGACCUGAUCUGUUAUCAGGGCAGGGAAGCACGGCUGUUCCUCCAGGGCGACCAAAGCAGCUGCCUAACAACCAUUUCCCUGCAGACAAACAAGACCCUGCAACUAUGGGAUCUGCUGUACUGGUGGACAAAGCAACGGGCAGAGAACUUAAUAUGGAUGGCACUCCAAAAGGUCCCUACAGACAUCCGAAUCACACUGCUAACAAGCAGGAAUUCCACACUCCCCAGCAGCAACAGGGUCUAGCUACAAAACACCUGAUGACAGUAGAAGAACUACCUGAACCAGAGGUCAGAAGGGACAAAAACAGACCUUAUACACCUGAAGUCAGAAGAAACCUCCUGAGUGUCAAACCUGCAAAGUUAACCAUUGCUGAAUUUGAUGGAGCAGAUGCAGACUCAUGGAUUCAAAACAUUGAACAGUAUUUCUCUGCUGCCAGAACUCCCAUUGAACAGAGAACUGAGAUAGCAGUUUCUUAUUUAAAGGGGCAGGCUGCUUUCCACAAAUUAACUCAACAAACUUCAGUUGACCACUAUAUAGCAGAGUUUGAGCAGCAGAUGAACUUGAUGAGGAGGGACAACCCUGCAGUACCAGAUGACUAUUACAUGCAUAGCUUAAUUGCAGGCCUGAACCCCUACAUCCAAAGUCACCUGGAAUGUUUAGAACCUCCCAACAUGACAAAAGCCAUGUGGUUAGCCAGAAGAAUUGAAAAAUCUUGUCCUCCUGCUACUACACAAAAGUCUUAUGUGCCAAACUACAGAAAAGGAACCCCAGGGGACCUGUCUAAACCUGUAAUUCCUGUUAGUACUUCUCCUGAUGCUGUAAUUCAACAGGCCAGAGAAAAGGGCAUUUGCUACAAAUGCAGGGAACCAUGGUUUCCAGGACACAAGCAGGUGUGCAAGAUGUCACAAAAAGCUCAGGCAUUGCAAGGACAAGUGGACAAUCCUGACAUUAUCUACAUAGUGGAUGCAAAAGGAGAACAAUCUGAUGUGGAGGAAGAACCUCCUAAUACACAGGAGCUCAAAAUCUCUAUGCAUGUAGCUACAGGAAUUCCUGAAGACAAAAAGAAACACACUUUUACAUUACAAGUCCAAAUUGGAAACACUAUGGGCCUUGCUUUAGUGGGUAGUGGAAGCACCACAACUUUCAUUUCCCCUGCUCUGGCAGCCCAAUCUGGAUGCCCUGCAACACCAGUAAAACAGGUCCAAGUGACUGUGGCAAAUGGGGGCAAAUUAUAUAGUGAUUUUUCUCUUUGCAACACCAAGUACACUAUCCAGGGAGUGGAACUAGUUUCUGAUUUCAGAAUGUUGAAACUCACAGGAUAUGAUCUCAUUAUUGGAGCUGACUGGAUGUAUAAGCACAGUCCUGUCACCUUUGAUCUCCCUAACAUGCAGUUAGGAGUCAAACUCUCUAAUGGAGAACAUAUCACAUUCCUGGAUGAGAGUUUGCCAACAAGCCCCUGCUCUCCCUUGUUACAAGAUAUGGAAAAUAUAAUGGAAGACAUGCUCACUGGAGCUCUGAUGUGGAUGCAACCAGUACAACUAGAAACCAUACAUGACUCUGUCAAACAGCCUGGAAUUAAGACAAUCUUAGAGAAUUUCAAAGAUGUUUUUGCAGAGCCCACUGGUCUACCUCCAAAGAGAGAUUGUGACCAUGCAAUCAACUUAGAACCUGGAGCUCCAGUUAUAAACCAAAGAGGAUACAAGUUGCCACAUCACCAGACAAAUGCUCUAGAGGAAAUUAUAAAAGAUAUUCUGCAAAAAGGGAUCAUCAGAUUAAGUCACAGUCCAUACUCUUCUCCUGCUAUCUCGGUAAAGAAAAAGGACCUAACUUGGAGGUUAUGCAUUGAUUACAGAAAAUUAAAUGCACACACCAUCAAGAACAAGUAUCCCAUACCCAUGAUAGAAGAUCUACUAGAUGAACUUAAUGGAGCAAAGAUUUUUACCAAGCUGGACCUCAGAAGUGGUUAUCAUCAAAUCAGAAUGAAAGAAGGAGAUAUUGAAAAAACUGCUUUUAGCACACUCAUUGGCCUGUUUGAGUUCCUUGUCAUGCCCUUUGGAGUGACAAAUGGGCCACCUUCCUUUACAGAACUCAUGCAAACUGUAUUGGGACCUCUCCUGAGAGAUUGUGUGUUAGUUUUCUUUGAUGAUAUCCUCAUUUUUAGUAAAACAUACAAGGAGCACUUGGAACAUGUGACACUGGUACUGGAAGCACUCAGGAAACAUCAACUCUAUGCAAAGCUCUCUAAGUGCACCUUUGCACAAAACCAAGUAGAGUAUUUGGGAUAUGUGAUCUUUGACAAAGGUGUAUCAACAGACCCUGCCAAAGUAGAAGCAAUCAUUAACUGGCCCACACCUCAAAAUGUGACACAAUUAAGAAGUUUUCUUGGCUUAGCAGGGUACUACAGGAGGUUUGUUCAGAGUUAUGGGGUGAUCUGCAAGCCACUGUUUGAUGCAUUGAAAAAGGAUGGAUUUCAAUGGACUGAGACACAAACAACUGCUUUCCAGCAACUAAAGGACAAAAUGACCUCUGCUCCAGUUCUUGCCCUACCAAACUUCUCCUUGCCCUUUGUUUUGGAAGCUGAUGCUUCUGGCUAUGGAAUUGGAGCAGAAGGGACAACCCAUUGCUUAUAUGAGCAAAGCACUAGGCCCUAA